UUUCUUUUUUCCUUCACGGUUUGGGCAAAGUUCGUAUUGAUUACAGACUCUCAGCACAAAUUUCUCUAUAAAAUCGCACAGGAUUUUGCUAUUGUAACCAUUUAUUAUUUACGGUUGUAGAUGCUUUUCCUCACAAUCCCUCGAAUCCUUGUAGCUUCAGGGGAGACACAUCUCAACCUCCAUUGAAUCUCACAUUUUCUCCAGUCUUUUAAGCAGUUGGAUUGAUACCCAUUUCGUUUUGGGCAACUGGGUGCUAGUUUCUCAUGGAUCCACAACAGGUUUUGCAAGACUGUAUCUGGGUUCUUCGGUUUCGGAUUUGAUUUUCUCACUACAGUAAGAGGAGAGACCACUGGAAUUUGAGUGGUAAAGUAGCUAAUUGUUCAACUAAUUGGCCUUUAGAAUGGGUUAUCUUCUAAAGAAAUUAUAGUAGGCUAAAUGGUGGCCGAAGAUGAAGAGAAUUGGCCUUUCUGAUGGAUGAAGGAGGUUCUUUAAUAACACAAAAAUGAGUCGAUCUCCUUCAUUUUCUGUCAAGCAAGAGCUUAGUCUAAAACCGGAUCCUGAAUCUCUGCAGCGUUGGGUUGUUGCCUUUUGCAUAAUUAGAUUUGAUCUUGAACAAGGUCAGCUCAUAGAAGAGUGUUAUCCUCCUGGUUGCCUUACUCAAGAUGAGGAACUUGAGGUUGCUUUUAGUUCCUUUCCAGAUUCUGUUUCCCAGCACCAGAACCGUUCAAGCAUUCAUGAUUGCAUCUUCUUCUUCCGAAUUCAACGACAGAAAAAUCCUCAACAGGGCACUGUAAUUCCAUCUGAGAUAACAGAAAUUGGUAACAGAGAUGUGUCUUCAAAACCCAAAGAGGAGAAAGUUAUUAGAAGAUCAAAAAGUGGUGUAACCAACAAAGGUUCAAAAUACUUAUAUGGAUUUGUGUUUAAUAGGCAAAGGCAUGAUGAGAGGCUAAAGAGAGGUGGGGAACAAAAAUCUAUAGUAAUAUUGUCUCAUGGUCCUUACUCAAGUGUGUUUAGACCUUUGCUACAAAUCAUGGGUCCUUUGUACUUUGACAUCGGGAAAAAAGCUAUAGAGCAUAUUGCUUCUUAUGUCUCCACGUGGCCUGCUCCAGUACCUGGAAAGCUGAUGGAGCUCCCUAUUGGGAAUGCAAUGCUGAAAGUCAACUUGCCACCUGCUCACAGCUUGCCCUUGGAAAGUGGAUUGUCAUUUGAAGAGUCUGCUUCUUCUAUGGCUCCUCUUCUUCCCAACAAUCAGUCAGUACCACAGGGUUUAUUCCAUGAAUCAGAUCUUUUUGGAACUUUUAGAGGGCUUUUGUUGCAACUUUGGUUGUUGUGGGAGUUAUUACUUAUUGGGGAGCCCCUCCUUAUAAUUGCACCAACGCCUCCUCAAUGUUGUGAGGCUGUUGCAAGUCUUGUUAGUUUAGUUGCACCACUACUUUGCAGUGUUGAUUUUAGGCCAUAUUUCACCAUCCACGAUCCAGAAUUUGCUUAUUUGAACUCACUUCGGGAAGGUGACCCAUUUCCACCUAUGGUUUUGGGUGUAACAAACCUCUUUUUCCUUAAAUCUCUUCGUUAUAUCCCCCACAUUGUAUCAGUUGGAAGCCCUGCAUCUAAUUCAACUCGGGUUGGCCUUUCUAGUAGGUCAUCAACUGGCAGACUUUCUGGUCAAUCAGAAGGAUUUGGCCUCCAACAGCUUUCGUUGAAGAAGUUUUCUCCUUCAAGUUUGUUGAGUGCUGUGAAGUUGAGGAGAGAUGGGCCUCUUUGUCUCAUGACUGAACAUAAGGAGGCCAUAUGGAGCAGUUAUGCUCCUACAACCAAGCCAGACACUUCUAUUUUGAAUAGGCUUAUUGAUGCUGGGAUGUCACCUAGGGUCGAGGAGUCUAUGUCAGUUGUUAAUAAUGAGAUAUUGCGUCGACAUUUCUUGGAGCUAACUACCAACUUUUUGGCUCCCUUUGGCCCAUAUUUAAGGGCUACCACUCCUUCUGAAGGAUCUUCCCCAUUUGUUGAUCCUCCUCCUCUCCCUCCGUUUAAUGCUAAUGAAUUUCUUUCAAGUUUAGCAGCAAGAGGUGUUGGCAAGUUUCUUUCAAAGCGUAUGAAAUCGAAUUGGCUGGAGUUAUACAGGCGAUUUCUUAGGGGACCGAACUUUUUGCCAUGGUUUCAAAGGAGGCGUGCUGUUGCUGAACAUGAACAACAUAGGUUAUGGAGGCAGGCAAGAAUGAAGACUGACAUACAUCAGCUUAUAUCUAAGAUGUCUGAGUUGGAAGUUGUUGAUUCCUUCAAUGCUAUUGAGAGACAUCUACUUGGAGAUAUACAAUUGCAGCAAUCUGGAAAGGCUGCUGCAGAUUCAGCAGCAAUGUGCCAGAAACUAAAAGUCGACCUGCAGGCAGUCUUCAAUGUGCUUCCAAAGGACAUGCAGCAACUUCUGCUUUUAAACCCACAAAGGGCAGCUCUUCUACAGGGAAGUCCUGAACUGACAAAACUUCCUGGCCGCCCCUCGAUACAAGUUGGGGUUGCACCUUCAACACCUAGAUAAUGCAAAGCACUUCUAAAAAUCAGUUUGCCUUUGGCAUCCAUGAUCUUCUUGUCAUCCUAUUGAAGACUGGCAUGUCCUGUAAUUUUACUUGUAGCAUCCUCCAUUUCACUGGACAAUCUCGGCGACUUUGGGCAGUCUUCAUCUAGAUGUGUGCAAAUCAGAAACUUGUCUCUUGAAUCCCCCUGUCACCAAGCAUCUCUGAGAUAACUUGUUUGCAAACCUCCAAACUGAUUGGAUAGAUUACAUGGGUGUUAUUUUUUGUUUUUAUGAAGGGAUAAGUUUGAAAUUCCAUGUUGCUUUCAUUCUAAAGAAUUUUUUUUUUUUUUUUAAGGCGCAUAAGCUACUAGCAUGUAGGGUGGGAUCAAUGAAGGAAGAUCCCACUGUAAUUCUCAUAAUUACAGUAUUAAUUUUUCUUUUUCAAUCUUUGAGGCUUAAUUUUAGUAAGUAUUAAUUAUGAACGGGUAGAAUUUGGUGAUAUUGAACUUUUGAGUAAGGAGGAGACAUGUCUAUUGGAUG